CACUCCGCUCUCUUUCUUAAAAAAAUAAAAUAAAAUUCACUCCACUCUCCAAAAAGACACAGACAGAGCGCCUCGGAAACUGCCCAAAGAAGAAGAAGAAGAACCAAAGAACAGAAGCUACUACGCCUCUUACCACCAAUGGCGAUCUCUGUGCUUUGAUUCUCAAAGAAUAGCUCAAAGUCUCUCACAAAUUCACCAGCUCUUGCCGAAGAUACAUUAUAGUCCCUGUGGGUCAGGCAGCAUUUAACUGGAGCGGCUUAUACAUCGACCCCAUUUUCUCGUUGUUCCUAGAAAGGCAUUAAAAUCAUGCAGACCCCAAAAGCAAGAAGUGUUUCCUCAGAAGUGCCUCAAAAGGUUUCUCCUCGAGCUGUACGCCAAUUCAAGCCAGUUGCAUUAGAAACUGACUUUGCAUCUGCUUCUUCUCAAACUAGUAGAACACCGAAAGAUAGAAGCCCAAAAGUUGUUGAGCGCAAGUCACCGAGAAGCCCAGUGUCUCAGAAGAAGCGCCCAAGCAGAAUAUCUGAAUUGGAAUCCCAGGUUUUUCAACUUCAGGAGGAACUGAAGAAAGCACAGGAUCAGCUGAGUUUGUCUGAAUCAUGGAAGAAGCAAGCCCUCCAAGAUGCUGAGGAGUCCAAGAAGCAACUAUUGGCCCUUUCUUCAAAGCUUGAAGGGUCACAGCAGCAGCUUCUGGAGCUGUCUGAGGAAGCUCAGGUUGUUGAGAUCCAGAAGAUCUCUCAAGAACCGGAUCCAGCCCAGUCUGAGCUUGAGACCGUCCAGCAGCAGAAUGCAGUUGACUCAAUUGCCUUAACUUCUGCCAUGAAUGAGAUUAAGCGGCUCAAGAUCCAGCUUGAAAUUGUAACCGAGUCUGGGGCUGCACAAACCAAGCACAUAGAAUCAACAAAUGCAGAGCUCCAGAGCUUGAAAGGAAACCUUGCAGAAUCUGUGUCUCUUGUGAAGAACAUGGAAAACCAGCUACAGGUUUGCAAAGAAUCAGAAGCUCAGGCCCGAGCUCUGGCUAGUGAAACUCUGGAGCAACUGGAAACUGCUAAAAAAACUGUAGAUGUGCUUAGGUCAGAUAGCAUGAAAGCUAUGGAAGCUUACAACUCCGUUGCCUCAGAGUUAUACCAGUCGAGGGCACAUGUGAACUUACUAGAAGGACUCGUUAGAAAACUUGAGACAGACCUAAAAGAUGCUACUGGCAGCCUUUCUCAAAAUCCUCCAGGUAAUAACCUUGAGCUUGAACUUGUAAAUAAUCAAGAGAUGGGGGAAUCAAUCCAGAUGAAAGCAGAACUUCAUUCAUUGAAGUCUGAGGUAGCACGACUAAGAUCUGCUUUAGAAACUGCUGAGACCAAAUACCAUGAAGAACAAAUUCGAAGCACAGUGCAGAUAAAAAGUGCUUAUGAACUUGUGGAGCAUAUGAAAUCUGGAUCAAGUCUGAGAGAGGCUGAAUUGGAGGCAGAACUAAAAAAAAUGAAAGCUGAUGUUGAAGAGUUGAAAGCAAACCUGAUGGAUAAGGAAACUGAAUUACAGGGAAUUUCUGAGGAGAACGAGGGGUUGAAUUUAAAGCUUGAGAGGAACCUUUCGUGCCAGAGAGAAUAUCAAGUAGAAAAGGAGCUGAAAAAAUUCAAUGAACAUGUUGCAGAGUUGAGGGCGAAUUUGAUGGAUAAGGAGACAGAAUUGCAGAAUAUAUCAGAGGAAAAUGAAAUGCUGAAAUCGGAAAUCAAGAAAAGGGAAAUGGAUGGGGGUAAAUUGAGUGACGAGUUGGUUGCAGAAGUAGAGACAGCGAAGAACGCGGAGCGAGAGGCUCUCAUGAAGCUUGGCAUUGUGAUGGAGGAGGCAGAUAGGAGCAACAGAAGGACAGAGCGGGUGACUGAGCAGCUGGAGGCAGCACAAUCAGCAAAUUCAGAAAUGGAAGCAGAGUUGAGAAAGAUAAAAGUGCAGUCUGAUCAGUGGAGGAAGGCUGCGGAAGCAGCUGCAGCCAUGCUUUCAGCAGGGAAUAAUGGAAAGUUCAUGGAGAGAACUGGAUCAUUGGACAGCAACUAUAAUCCCGUUGCAGGGAAGCUUAGCUCACCUUACUCUGAAGAGAUGGAAGACGAUUUACUGAAGAAGAAAAAUGUUAACAUGCUAAAGAAGAUUGGAGUGCUGUGGAAGAAGCCACAGAAAUAACAAGAAAACCAUGCAGUGAGUUUGGAUGUUCAGUGCAACCAAGUUUUAUUCUGGAGUAAAUGUUGGCACUCUUCCAAAGCUCUUGGUGGCUAGUGGCAGUAAUUUCUCAGCUUUUCGAGGUCAUUUUAUGUUAACCUAAGAGGAUAUAUUUUAUUAGCAAAUAUCUUGCUUUAUGUGAAAAUUUUGAAGAUGUAUCAAACUCCAGUGAAUGGCAGAAUUAAUGAGAAUCAUGGUGGUUAUCACCUGCUAUA